AUGUGGAAGUGGAAGUGGAAGGAGGAAGCGCGCGAACACCUGGACCUCGACCUGGUCCUGGGGGUUGUACCGGUGUUCAUCAACCCGUUCGCACACUCCAACGAUAGUUCUGCGUAUGGAAAUGGGCCUGCUACGGCGCCGAUGGCGUUGUCGUCGUGGUACGGAUACGGAUACGGGGAGGGGAGCUUCAACGAUGUCGGCAAUGAAAACAAUGUCGGUAAUGGUAAUGACUUCAACGGGAACAACUUCAACGGGAACACUUUCACCGCCAGUAACUUCACCGGUGUCCAUUUCAACGCCAAUACCUUCAACUUCAACGCCAAUACCUUCAACGCCACUAUGGACCCACUGCACGUCGCCAUGGACACAGACGCGGAGAUCAUACCCCGCGGACACCGCCGCUCGUCGUCUGUGCCGCUACCUAACGAGUGGGGGGUGUAUACCCAUGGUCAUACCUUUGGACAUAACUUUGGUCAUAACGUUGGUCAUAACGUUGGUCAUAGCUUUGGUCAUACCUUUGGACAUACCUUUGGUCAUAACGUUGGUCAUAGCUUUGGGUAUGGGUCUGGAUAUAAUUAUGGGAAUACUUUUGGGCAUGGGCAUGGGUCGGGUGCUCAGAUUUUCCAUGGUGGUGCGGGUGCGGGUGCGACAGGGAAUAUCGCGGUUCGGGGUGUACCUCAAUUCACGAACCCGUUUUCUACGGGGUUGGCGGAUUCGGCGUCGACGUCGGCGUCGACGUCUGCACCGUCUGCAUCUACAUCCACGGCUCUGUCCGCAGCUGCAGCUACAGCUGCAUCUGCAUCUGCCUCGACAGCUAUAGCUACGACUAUAGCUACGGUUCAAUCCACGGCUCUGGAUACAGCUACGACACCAUCCGGUGAUGAACAUGUCGAUCCUCGACGGCAACGCCACCUGAAUCAGCAGCAGCAGUUUUACACGCCGGACAUCGAUCGCGAUGUACACGCGCAUGCAUAUACCCACCAAUCGACUGCAGACGUGGGCGGGGGUGGGGGCGGGAGUGUGCACCACCCGACGCCGGUGCGCGCGAUGCCGUUUGGGCUCGGGAUUGGUGUUGGUGUUGGUGGCGGGGUUGGUGUUGGUGUUGGUGUUGAUCGACAGGUAUACGAGGAUCAGGAUCAGACUCGGGAUCGGGAGCAUAAUCAGGCUCAAGGUCAGACUCGGUAUCAGACCCAGAAUCACGGUCGGGAUCAAGCCCAGGAUCAGGAUCAUGAGCAUGAGCAUGAUCAAGCUCGCAGUCAAUCUUAUCUUCAAGCUCAGUAUGCGGACCACGCGCAGUAUCAGUCUCACCAGACUCAUUCGCAGUACAGCCACCUGCACUUCCAUCCGGAUAUCCAAAAUCAGCUCCAAAAUCAAGCGCACCUCCAAGCGCACCUCCAAACCCAAUACCCCUCCCACCAAUACCCUUCCCAAUUCCAACAUCACUCCCACCGAUACCCAACACAACUCCCCUCCCAACACCCCUCCCACUUCCCAAACCCAAACACAUACCCCUACACAUACCCACACGCAAACCAACAAACACAACACACGCAAUACACGCAAUACACCCCACGCCCCUCGCUCCGCCUCAGCGUCGCGUUUGAGAUGGGGUUCGUUGGGCAUCGGAGAGCGAGUUCGGCGCAGGGGCGGUUGAUGCGUUGGGGGUGGGGUGGGGGCGGGGGAGGAGGGGGUGCGGAUGCGGGAGGGGGUGCGGGAGGGGGAGGAGAGGGAGGAGAGGGAGGUGCGGGAGGAGGUGGGGGAGGAGGUGUGGGUGCGGUUGGGGGAGCGGAAGGAGGGGGAGGUGGGGGAGGUGGGGGAGGUGGGGGAGGAGGUGAGGUGAGUGGGGGAGGGAAACAGGAACGGGAAGUGGAGCGGGAGGGGGAGGUGGAAGACACGGAGGACCAGGGACACCUACAAGCGCAAGAGAACACUACGCCGACAUACGCCUCGUUUUCGCGAGACAUCGGAGUGCACCCGGAUUCUCACUCGCAUUUGCAUUCGCAGUCGCAUCGUCAUUCUGACUCGCAUUCGAACUCGCACUCAAACUCCAGCGCACACGCGCACUCAAACUCACACAUGCACAUGCACUCAAACUCCCACUCGAGCGUCCACUCGCACUCGAACUCAAACUCCUACUCGAGCGUCUACUCGCACUCGCACUCAAACUCGAGCACGCACGCAAACUCGCCUAUCACCGUCCCGCGUCUGCCAAGCUUCGAUAUGAGCGCGUACAUGGACAUGGACAUGAACAUGGACUCUGCAAUGGGUAUGGGGAUGCAUUUGGGUGUGGGCUUGGACUCGGGUGUGGGUAUGGGUAUGGGGAUGGGUAUGGCUGAGAACGGGAUGGGGAUGGUUGAGAACGGGAUGGGGAUGGUUGAGAGCGGGAUGGGAUUCGGUGCAGGGCUGGACAUGCAAUCGGGGAUGGGAAUGGGGUCUGGUAUGGGUAUCAUGGUGCAGGGAGCCAGUGGUGAUCUGGAUGUGUAUGCGGUGCACCAGAACGCGCAGGGGCAGGGGCAGGGGCAAGGGCACGCGCUGGGGAAGGGGGAGUAUAGUGGGUAUCAUGUGUACGAGUGA